AUGGGAGGGGAGGACGAGAACGCUGGCGACAAUGCGCGUCCCGUGAAACACACACUUGCAGACGUGCCCAACGUAUCUUUCUGGCACUUCUUGCGCGUAGCUGUACUUAGUGACGAACAGCCAUCAGAGCAGGCAACAGAGCAGAAGGCGAAGCAGGUCACAGACUUCUUCCACACGCCGUAUCACCUUGAAAAG